CUCCUUCCCUCCGCUCUGAGCUCAGAACAGUAGGACAAAGUGCUUUGGACAAGGACGGAGGCCUGAGAGCAGCCAUGGGCUCUGGAGGAACUGGCCUGCUUGCGGCCCAUUGGCCUCUGCCUCUCCUGCUUCUGCUCCUGACGGGAGGCCUGGCUCAGGACUCCCCACCCCAGAUCCUAGUCCACCCUGAGGACCAGCUGCUCCAGGGCCCAGGCCCAGCCAGGAUGAGCUGCCGGGCCUCAGGCCAGCCACCACCCACCAUCCGCUGGCUGCUGAAUGGGCAGCCCCUGAGCAUGGUUCCCCCCGACAUUCACUACCUCUUACCUGAUGGAACCCUCCUGCUGCUGCGGCCCCCUCCCCGGGGACGUGCCCACGAUGACCAGGCCCUAUCCACAGACCUGGGCAUCUACGCGUGUGAGGCCAGCAACCGGCUGGGCACAGCGGUCAGCCGGGGCGCUCGGCUGUCUGUGGCUGUCCUCCGGGAGGAUUUCCUGAUUCAGCCUCGGGAUACGGUGGCCACGGCGGGCGAGCAGGUGAUUCUGGAGUGUGGGCCUCCUUGGGGCCACCCAGAGCCCACAGUCUCAUGGUGGAAAGAUGGGAAACCCCUGGUCCUGCAGCCAGGGCGGCACUCAGUGUCCAGAGGGUCCCUGCUGAUGGCAAGAGCAGAGAAGAGCGAUGCAGGGACUUACAUGUGUGUGGCCACCAACAGCGCAGGAAAACGGGAAAGCCGGGCAGCCAGGGUGUCUGUCCAGGAGCCCCAGGACUACAAGGAGCCCCUGGAGCUUCUGGCCGUGCGCAUUCAGCUGGAAAACGUGACCCUGCUGAACCCGGACCCUGCAAAGGACACCAAGCCUGGGCCUACUGUAUGGCUCAGCUGGAAGGUGAGCGGCCCUGCUGCACCUGCUCAGUCCUACACAGCUCUGUUCAGGGCCCAGGCUGCUCCUGGAAGCCAGGGAGCUCCGUGGACAGAGGCCCUGCUGGCUGGCUGGCAGAGUGCAGAGCUCGGGGGCCUCCACUGGGGCCAAGACUAUGAGUUCAAAGUGAGACCAUCCUCCGGCCGGGCUCAAGGUCCCGACAGCAAUGUGCUGCUCCUGAGGCUACCUGAACAAGUGCCCAGCGCCCCUCCCCAGGAGGUGACUCUAAGACCUGGCAAUGGCAGUGUCCUUGUGAGCUGGGUGCCACCACCUGCUGAAAACCACAAUGGCAUCAUCCGUGGCUACCAGGUCUGGAGCCUGGGCAACACCUCACUGCCCCCAGCCAACUGGACCGUGGUGGGUGAGCAGACCCAGCUGGAGAUCGCCACCCACAUGCCAGGUUCCUACUGCGUACAAGUGGCUGCAGUCACUGGGGCUGGGGCUGGGCAGCCCAGCAGCCCUGUCUGCCUCCUGUUAGAGCAGGCCAUGGAGCAAGCUGCCCAAGAACCCAGUAGGCAUGGUCCAUGGACCCUGGAGCAGCUGAGGGCAGCUUUGAAGCAGCCAGAGGUCAUUGCCAGUGGGGGUGUUGUGCUCUGGCUGCUGCUGAUGGGCACCGCCGUGUGCAUCCACCGCCGGCGCCGGGCUGGCGUGCACCUGGGCCCAGGUCUGUACAGAUAUACCAGUGAGGAUGCCAUCCUAAAACACAGAACGGAUCACAGUGACUCCCCAUGGCUGGCAGACACUUGGCGCUCCACCUCCGGCUCCCGGGACAUCAGUAGUAGCAGCAGUCUCAGCAGCCGGCUGGGAGUGGACCCCCGGGACCCACUAGACAGUCGUCGCUCCUUGAUCUCCUGGGAUCCCCGAAGCCCCGGUGUGCCCCUGCUCCCCGACACCAGCACUUUUUAUGGCUCCCUCAUCGCUGAGCUGCCCUCCAGCCCCCCAGCCCGGCCAAGCCCCCAGGCCCCAGCUGUCAGGCGGCUCACCCCCCAGCUGGCCCGGCUCUCCAGCCCAUGGCCCAGUUCAGACAGCCUCUGCGGCCGCAGGGGCCUCUCUUCUCCACGCUUGUCUCUGGCCCCUGCAGAGGCUUGGAAGGCCAAAAAGAAGCAGGAGCUGCACCAGGCCAACAGCUCCCCGCUGCUCCAGGCCAGCCAUCCUUCGGAGCUCUGGGCCUGCGAAUUGGGCAACAGAGGCUCCAAGAACCUUUCCCAAAGCUCAGGCUAUGGCUCCCCAGGAGCUUCGCCUCGGGCUCUGGUUGCCUGGCGGGCCCUGGGACCACAGCUCCUCCGCUCCUCCAAUGAGCUGGUGACUCGCCCUCUCCCCCCAGCACCCCUCUCCCCUCGUGGACCCCCCACUCAGAGACAACAGACCCAGCACUCGGUGGAACCCCCAGCUCCCUCCUGCCCUGCCCUGCCAGCAGCCCCCGUCCCAGUCCUUAGCCCCUCUGGUCCCCCCAGCCCCUCCAGCCCCCAGGCCUCCUCCCUCUCCGGUCCCAGCCCAGCCUCCAGUCGCCUGUCCAGCUCGUCACUGUCAUCGCUGGGGGAGGAUCAGGACAGUGUGCUGACCCCUGAGGAGGUGGCCCUGUGCCUGGAGCUCAGUGAGGGUGAGGAGACCCCCAGGAACAGUGUUUCUCCUAUGCCAAGAGCGCCCUCACCCCCUAUCACCUACGGCUACAUCAGCGUCCCCACAGCCUCGGAACUGGCAGACAUGGGCAGGGCUGGGGGAGGGGUGGGGUCCGAGGUGAGAGGCUUGUUGUGCCCACCUCGGCCCUGCCCCACGCCCACCCCCAGCGAGGGCUCCUUGGCCAAUGGCUGGGGCUCAGCUUCUGAGGACAACGCCCCCAGCGCCAGAGCCAGCCUGGUCAGCUCCUCUGACGGCUCCUUCCUCGCCGACGCCCACUUCGCCCAGGCCCUGGCCAUGGCUGUGGACAGCUUUGGCUUUGGUCUGGAGCCCAGGGAGGCCGACUGCGUCUUCACAGAUGCUUCGUCACCUCCCUCCCCCCGGGAUGACCUCUUCCUGACCUCCACCUUCUCCCUGCCCUCGUGGGAGUGGAGGUCAGACUGGUUGGAGGAUGUAGAGAAAAACCAUGCCCAGCUGUUUGGCAGGGAGCUGCCUUCCCGGCCCUCCGACUCUCGGAUCUCUUCCCAGAGAAGUCGGCUCAGCUGUCCUGCACCCAAGGCUGGAGACUCCUCCUGAUGAGCCCCAAGACUGACAAGAAGAGACUCCAAACCCCCCUCCUGUCGGCCACCAGCCUGGGCUGUGGUCUUGGCCUGUGCUUCUCUGCAUUUGGGGUCCAUCUUGCCCAGGCUGCAGGAGCAUUCUCCCUGCUGAUGGUGAGAAGAAACGAAAGCAAAACGAAAUUAAGAACAAAGCCGACCUGAAGCCCUCAGGAGCAAAAAGGCAUCUUUGCCUGACUCCUAGCGCUCGCUCUUUCUUCUGUUCCAUCCACUCCCACGACCGAGUCUCUUUGGCCAGGGGGAAGCAGCCCUGUCUCCCGAACUCCCCAUCUGCUUGGAUCACAGAAGUAGGGGAGACAGAGGUCUUCCUGGAGGACAACAGCAGCUCAUGGGAGAGGGCUGUGGAGGAAGGAGCGCCUCAGGGCCUCCUCUCUCAGCUAUUUCUGGACCAUUCCUCUAGAAGCAAGCUCAACUCUCUCCCCAACCACACCAUGAAGGGAAACAAAGAGGGACUCCACUGAGGCAGGCCCUACCUCAGUACCAAGGCAAAGGGUUCAAGAUGAGUCUAAGGAGGAAGCGUGAAAAUGUGGGACAAAUGACCAACCCUCUUCAUACUGUUGUCACUAUAAGCUUAAGGAAUUGGAACCAUAAAGCUACAGUGACUUGA